AGGAACAGCUGCCCAGCAGCUAGAUGCCUCCUUUAGUACAGAUGGCACAUUGGAAAUCUUUGAGGUUGAUUUCAGGGACCCCUCUCUGGACUUGAAACGCAAGGGAGUCCUUUCUGCCUCCAGCAGCCCAGAAGAUUAUCUUGCCCAUCCCACUUUAGAGAUUGCUGGUCUAGAAUGCAACUUUCCAUCUUCUUGUGCAUUUUUUGGUCCAUCUGAGUGAUUAGAUUAAGAUAUUUAGACAGAAGUACCCUCUUCUUUUCAUGGUUUAAGCUAGUAAUGAAAAGUAUUGUUCUCCUUUUCUUGAGUUCCUAUACCACUUUGUUACAUUAUCUCUUAUUUUGCAGUUUUUUACAUUUCUUUGUAUUUCCAGUACCUUUACCUUUUGAAGAGCAGACCUUGGAGGGUUUACCAAUAAUGAUAAGAUAUUCUUAGCUACUAAGCAAGCAUUCCUGAAAGGGCUGCUGAAUUUAAUAACGUUUAUACUCCUGAAGAUAAGAAAAGUGGCAGUGAGCACAACGGCUCUUUCAACCAGCCAAGUAGCAGCUUCAGCACAGUAGUGGCUCCUUAGGGCUAAAAGUGCCUAAGAAAGAGGCAAUGUAAUUGCUUAAGAAACUUUGAAACUGAAUCCUGAGAUCCAUGUAGGCAGAGAUUUUUGUCUGUUUUUUCCCUGCUGUAUCUUUAGCAUCUAGAACAGUGCCUGGCAUUAGGUGGUUAAAAAAUAUCUGUGGAAUAAAUGAGUGAUAUUAGAAACUUCUAGAUUAUUAAACUGAGCAUUCAUAUCCACUAUUUCAGUUAGUUAUAAUUAGUCUUCAGUUAGUCUUAGUGUCUUAAGAGCUUUUCAGGGGUAACAAUCUGUUUGUUUUGUAGCCAACUAGGUUGAAAGGACCCUUUUAAAUGUUGGUACUGUGUUCAGCAAUCAUGAAGCAUCAUCUCAUACCCUGCUUGAGUCUGCAGGAAUUUUGGGGCUAUAACCAGAAGAAAUGGUAUAGUUAACACUCAUGAUAGUAUUUCACCUCUGCUUCCUUUUUCCACCUCUAAAAUUGUGUCUAAAGAUUGAUUCUUGUUUUCAAAGACCAAGUUCUUUGACACAGUUCUGUUGGGGCCUUUGUGAAGAAAACAUCUUAGACAUGCCAGGGUGUAAGACAUCCACUUCUUUCCAUUCCAGCCUGGGUUAGGUCACUUACUCAAAAGUCAGCAUCACAAACAAUUGACCAAGAUGAUCAGGGUAGACAAAGGGCAACCCAUCCUUUGCUUUAUGCUUUCCUCUUUUGUGUGUCAUCUUCUGCUUGGUUUAAUGGAAAGCACAGUUGUAUUGGGUUGCUGCCUUGGCUAAAACUAUGUGACUUUGGGCAAAUUAAAUUCCAUCAGUGAUCUUAGGUUUUCUCACUUCCAUUUAAAGAAGGGGUUGUACAAGAUGACUUCUAAGAACCUACUGAAUUCCAAAUUUAGGUCUUAUGUUCAGUUUCUCUUUCCCUUUUUCUAGCUUCGUGUCCUUCCUUUUUCCCUUUUUAAAAAAACGCCCCUCUGUGUCUCUUUAUUAUUAACUAAACAUACUUUUCAAAAUCUUCCCUCUUCCAUUGCCUGCCCUUUUUACCAGACUCAUACCUCAACCACAUUUGAAUCCUGGAGAUCCCCUUAUCCUCAAUCCAUGAUGCAUCAGAGAAAUAUUAUCUAUUUAGAAAUACCUGACAAAGAGAAACGUUCUGAAACAGUGGUAUGGGUGUAGAUAAGGGACAGCUUCAAGCUAUAAUAGAGUGAAGAGAGCGCGUGGAUAAAUGCCACUGGAUGCAAUCAGAAUCAAUAUGGAUUAGCAUGUGCACUGAAGCAAGUGAUGUUUGAUGUGUUAGAUGAAUCUCACUCAAGAAGAAAGCUUUCUGGGAGAAUAAUACAUUGUUUAUGUAUUGACUUUUGAGUUGAGGACACAGCUGCUGUGGCUGAAUGAGUUCAGGGGCCAGUGGGUGAUUUGCUUCACUCUACCUCUAUCUACACUGAAGUUCUAGAUCUCUGAGUGGCCUCUGCAACCUAUGUCUGACCCAUCCUCUAGUAACACAGAGAAAGUAGAUGAUCUAUCUUCCAAUACCUUCAUCUCAGUUCUAGCUACGUGGGGUGCACUGUGAUCCCUCUUUAGGUGCCUUUGUAAGGGACAGCAUCAAGCAGUAAAAGAUCAUUUUGGUACUACUCCUAGUUUUCUGGCUUCUAAGAUUUGCCAUCUCUCUAGAGACAUCAAGAUCACAGAGUAGGGAGAGCAUGGGCUUUGUUGUUGGACAGACUUGUGUUCAGAUCCCAGCUUUGCCAUCUACUGUCUUUUUGGGCACAUUAUUUAACUUCUCUGACCCUGUUUUCUCUACUGUAAAUUUGAGCACAUAGUAGCCUGGUGCAUACUGGGCAUUCAGAAAGUCAUUCUUCUCUCAAACAGCCCUCGCUCCACCCCACUGUCUUUAUUCUCCAGCUUGGCACAUUGCCCUCAUUGCUCUGUUUGACUUUUAAGGAAACUUGCAUUUCCUCAGUUAUUUUGGUCAGGAUGUGGACAAACUCAUUUUCACUUUAAUCCACUAACAUGAGGUUGGGAUUUUUCAUAAGGAACUUUACUAAGCAAAUAAAAUCAAAAUCCAAAACAAAGAAGUAUGGAAAUCACGGGAGCAAGAAUUUAUAUGGCACAUAUUCCUCAUCACAAGGUAGCUGAAGCUUGGCCUCAGAUGAGCUUAGCUGUAUCCUUAGCUGUGUGGUAUUCUGAUCUCACAGGUCUCAGUUUAUUCUCUCCAGCUUGUCUUUUUCUUUUUGCCAGAAGCAUAGCCAUGAGUCAAUUGUUGGAGCUGGUUCUAUCUUUAUGAAUUCAACUUCUUCCCAUUGUUCUAGGCUGGUGUGCAGUCUGAUGUAUCUAGUACAGAGGGUCUCAACCUUGGCAGCUUGUUAGAAUCACCUGGGGGGUAUAGAUUCUGAGGGCCUGUCUCUGGAGAUUCUGCUUCACAAGGUCUGGGUGGGAAUAAAGGAAUGUGUAUUUUCUUAAGAUGCCACCUCUCAUUCUGUGAUGCCAUAUGGUCUCCAUCAUUGCCAUUAUUAUCCUGGAAAGCUCUUUAUUCCCCCUAUAUGCUUAUGUUUUCAAAGUUCCCACCUUCCUAUACAAACUCUUCUCCCUAUACCUUCUCUGUAAAUCUCUUAGUUCCUAUUUGCAGGCUAAAGGCCAUCUUUUUUGUUUUAUAACUUUUUAUUUUUACAAUAUUCAAACAUAGAAAAGUUGCAGAAUAGUACAAUGAACAAUCAUAGGCCUUCACUUAGACUCAUCAGUUGUUAAUGUUUUGUCACAUUUGCUUACAUGCUUGUGUGCUCUCUCUUUGUCUACACACAAACACACACAGGCUAUCUCUUGUUCCCUGUCCAUUUGCAGGGCAGAGAUGAUUGGUCAAGUCUCCUUCCUUGCCUCACUCAUCCCAGGUGUUCUCCCUCUCCCAAGUGUUGUCUAUUACAGCUAUUCAGGCUCCAGUUUUACCCUCACUAGUGAAGUGUUAACAAUAGGAAUGUACUUUCUACAUGCUUACACAAAGAAAAUCAUUUUGUCACACCCUGUAUUCUGCAUUUCAGCCACUCUAAAGUAACUGGGCCCUCUUCUCCGACCCUUUGGUGACUCCCUUGAGGUCUCAGGUACCUUUUUCUCUGACUUGUAUGUCAUGUGCUCUGACCAUACCGAGGUCACUGCAUUCCCAUGUGAGUUUCCCUGGCCAUACCAUCCUCUGCUUCCUGUGUGACCUAUUAGGGGCUUCUCUGGUUACUCUAUUGACUUGUGCUCUGCCCAUGCUGAGCUCUAGCCCCUGGAUGACAUGGCAGCCUCUGGAGCCAGCAUGGAACACAUUCUUCUGCCUCGCUAAGAUCAGCGCAACCUUAGAAAACAUAGCCUUUCUGACAGUAGCUUUAGACCCACCAUUUGUUCAGCUUUAGACCCACCAUUUGUUCAGCUGUUUUUGUUCGGAUGCGGACCUGGUCUGAGCUAGUGCUCAGCUCUUCACUUCUGACAGGUUGGCUCUGCUCUAAUGACUGGCCAAACAGGUUCCUGCCUGGUCACCCCAUUCAGUUUCUUUGUUGACUGUUCCCAGGGUGUGGGAACAUUUAAUUUCAGUUAGGGAUCUUAUGACAUCAUUCAGUGUGAAAUCUGGCUUCUGAGAAGGGCUGUGGAAAUAUCCUUGGCUAGCAGCUGUGAAAUGGAAGACAGACCACCUGUGAGGUUUUGGGGAUUUCACAUGCCUUCCCUAGGGGCUUUGUAGACCCUUACUUAUCUACAGGGAGCCGAGGGUCCAUUUCUUUCUUGUGUGCAAGAACUGGCCAUGCAAGAUGCUCAGAAAGCCAGAAAAGUGUUUCCCAAGUGGUGCAUUUAUUCCUCGUGCCUCUGUGUCUCUAGGGCUGGCCCGGUGAAUCCACAUGGUAGCUCCAAUGGGAGAGGCAUGGAGUGGGAAGGUCCUUAGAUCUUUUCUCACUUCCAGUUUAAGAGGGAAGAGGGGACAGCAACUGUUGGCCUAGGGAACCUGCUUCUAUUCAGGUAGAGAAGAGUUUGGAUCUUCCUCUAAACAGAAGACUAUUUUAUGAUGACUAAGAGCUCAGACUGUGGCAUAAGAUGGGUCUAACUUUGAACCUUGACUCUGUCACUUCCUAGAUGUCAAAUGUAGUAAAAUUACUAGCUGUAUAUACAGAAGUUUUGUAACUUCUCUGUGCCUCAGUUUCCUCAGUUGAAAAUGGUGUUACUACCUCAUGGGGUUGUUGAUCAGCUAAUACAUGUAAAACACUUAAAACAGUGCCCAGCACAUAGGAAGUUAUCAAUAAGUGUUAGUUGUUGUUAUUUGAGUUGGGAGGAUUAAGUGAAGUAAUCUAUUAUAUUAACCCCAAUAAUAUUAACAACAAAAAAAGCACCCCUCUGCCGAGACCAGCUCGGCGACUCGAGGUGAGUGACGGGUGCCGCAAGCUUGAAGAAAACACAGACACAGACUGAAGAGAAAAAUGGGACCCGGGGGCUCAAGACCUCUCGGAUCAAGAGCCUUGCUGACUCAUCCCACGUUGCUUUUAUUGGUUUCUUGGCUAACAGUCUCAGGUUUCACAAGCUGAUCUGGGGGACCUUUGACAAUGGGCUUCUGGAAGGCUCCGGGGUUAUUGCAGGCGGCGGGGACAAUGGCAUGCUUACUGUAUACAAUGUGACCCACAUCCUGUCUUCGGGAAAGGAGCCUGUGAUUGCCCAGAGACAGAAGCACACGGGGGCUGUCAGAGCCCUUGACUUUAAUCCUUUCCAGGGCAACCUCCUGGCCUCAGGAGCUGGUGAUUCUGAAAUCUUCAUUUGGGAUUUGAAUAACCUGAGUGUGCCAAUGACCCCAGGAUCUAAGUCACAGCAGCCCCCAGAAGACAUCAAGGCACUCUCUUGGAACCGUCAAGUUCAACACAUUCUGUCUUCUGCUCACCCCAGCGGCAAGGCGGUUGUGUGGGAUCUCAGGAAGAAUGAACCUAUCAUCAAAGUCAGUGAUCACAGCAACAGGAUGCACUGCUCAGGCCUGGCCUGGCACCCAGACACAGCCACUCAGUUGGUGCUAUGUUCAGAAGAUGAUCGUCUUCCAGUAAUUCAGCUGUGGGACUUGCGCUUUGCCUCCUCACCCCUGAAGGUGUUAGAGAGUCACAGCAGGGGGAUCCUGUCAGUGUCAUGGAGUCAUGCUGAUCCUGAGCUGCUGCUCAGUAGUGCCAAGGACAACCAGAUCUUGUGCUGGAACCUGGGGAGCAGCGAGGUGGUAUAUAAGCUGCCCACACUGAGCAGCUGGUGCUUUGACUUACAGUGGUGCCCUCGGGACCCUUCGGUGUUCUCUGCUGCCUCUUUCGAUGGCUGGAUCAGUUUAUACUCUGUGAUGGGUAGGAGCUGGGAAGUCCAGCAGAUGAGACAGGCUGACAAGAUCUCUUCUUCCUUCAGCAAAGGCCAGCCUCUCCCACCACUGCAGGUGCCAGAGCAAGUGGCCCAAGCAUCAUUGAUACCUCCCCUGAAAAAACCCCCCAAAUGGAUGAGGAGGCCAGCAGGUGUUUUAUUUGCUUUUGGGGGGAAGCUGGUUACCUUUGGCCUCCCCAGCAACCCUGUCCAUCAGAUACCACAGCCUUGCCUCCGCCUAGUCUUCAUCAGUCAAGUCACCACAGAACCUGAAUUCCUCAUGCGAUCAGCUGAGCUGCAGGAGGCCCUGGGAUCAGGCAGUCUCCUGAAUUACUGUCAGAACAAGAUCCAGCAAGCAUCACUGCAAAGCGAAAAGAUGCUGUGGCAGUUCCUGAAGGUGACCUUAGAGAAGGACUCCAGAAUGAAAUUCCUAAAGCUAUUAGGAUACAGUAAAGAUGAACUUCAGAAGAGGGUGGCCACAUGGUUGAAGAGUGAUUUGGGGCUGGGUGAGAGCCCUCAGCCCAAGGAAGAUGACCUUAACAGUAACAGACAACAGGCCUUCUGCAUCCAGACCUCCAAACAUACCACCGAGGAAGUCUCCGCCUCCUCAACUUUCUUUGGUGAGCUGGUCCCUCAGAACAUGACUCCGUGGGAGAUCCCCAUCACAGAAGACACAGAUGGACUCCUGAGCCAGGCUCUCCUGCUUGGAGAACUGGGCCCUGCUGUGAAGCUGUGUCUGAAGGAAGAGCGCUUUGCUGAUGCCAUCAUCCUGGCCCAGGCUGGGGGCGCAGAUCUGCUGAAACAAACACAGGAGUGCUACUUGGCCAAGAAGAAAACCAGAAUCGCCCCGCUGCUAGCCUGUGUUAUACAGAAGAAUUGGAAAGAUAUGGUGUGUGCCUGUAGCCUGAAGAACUGGAGAGAGGCUUUGGCCCUGCUGCUGACCUACUCAGGGCCAGAGAAAUUCCCCGAGCUCUGUGACAUGCUGGGAACUCGCAUGGAGCAGGAGGGUGGCAGGGCACUAACCUCCGAAGCCAGACUCUGUUACGUGUGCUCAGGGAGUGUGGAGCGGCUGGUGGAGUGCUGGGCAAAAUGCCACCGGACUUCAUCCCCCAUGGCUCUACAGGACCUGAUGGAGAAGGUGAUGGUCCUUAACAGGAGCUUGAGGCUACUGCAGGGUCCUGAUGGGGUGAGCCCAGGCCCUGCCACGACCUACAGAAUCACUCAGUAUGCCAACCUGCUGGCAGCCCAGGGCAGCCUGGUCACUGCCAUGAGCUACCUACCCAGUGACUGUGCUCAGCCACCAAUUCAGCAGCUGAGAGAUCGGCUUUUUCACGCCCAGGGUUCUGGUCUCUUGGGCCAGCAGUCACCCCCUUUCCCCUCUCCCCGGGUUGCUGUGGGAGCUACUCCUCACUCUCAAGAGGCAUCAUCUCCCAGACUGGGAUUCCAGUCUUCUCACCAGGUUCCAACUGCAUCUCUAAGGCCAAGGAUUCUUACACCUCCAUCAUCACUUGUGAUGCCCUUGACACCUUCCCAUCCUAGCCCUUAUCAGGGCUCCAGAGUGCAGAAUACAAGUGACUACAGGCCAUCUGGGUUCCAGGAAGCCCAGCCUUUGCCCCUGGUCCCUGGGGUAAGGCCUGCUUUAUCUCAGCCACAGCUCUUAGGAGGGCAAAGAGCACAGGCUCCUAACCCCAUGGGAUUCCCUGGAACAUGGCCUCUUCCUAGUCCACCCACGGCACCCCCAGACAUGAUGCAGCCUGGCUCUGCCUCCCUGCCUGAGGCUCCUCAGUUGCGUCCUCUGCUUCCUGUGAGAGCACCAGGCUUCGGCCCUAUGCGCUCCCAGCCUCUAGCUCCUCCUGUCAGCUUCUCUGUGGCACGCCCUCCAGGAGGGCCAGGUGCUCCAUGUGCUAGUGACUUCCCAAUGACUGGCAUCUUGACUCCUCACCCAGGACCUCAAGAUUCCUUGAAAAAUGCUCCAGUGCCCCGGGGAAACCUCCAGAGGAAAAAGUUGCCAGAGACAUUUAUGCCCCCAGCACCAAUUACUGCUCCAGUUAUGUGCCUCGCCCCUGAGCCACGAGGGGUCCAUUCCUCACAGCCCGCCGUCCCCAGUGUGAGUCACGCUCCCCCUGGAGCCCCAGGAGAACUCAGCCUGCAGCAACUUCAGCGGCCACCUGAGAAGAUGGACAGGAAGGAGCUGCCCCCUGAACAUCAGUUGUUGAAGAUCAGCUUUCAGGCACUUCUACAGCGCUGCUCCCUGUCUGCCACUGACUUAAAGACAAAACGGAAGCUGGAUGAAGCAGCCCAACGUCUAGAAUGUCUAUAUGAGAAGCUCUGUGAGGGAACACUCUCACCUCCUGUCCUGGCUGGGCUCCACGAGGUUGCCCGAUGUGUGGACGCCGGAAGCUUUGAGCAGGGCCUUGCAGUGCAUGCCCAGGUGGUGAGCUGCAGCAGCUUCAGCGAGGUCUCCAGCUUCAUGCCUGUCCUGAAGUCUGUCCUCACCAUUGCUCAUAAGCUGCACAUCUAAACCAGGCAGCUCCUCUUGCCAGGAGGCCACUUCUACUGUUACUUAACUCCUUACUGCAGGAAAGGGGAAUUUCGGAACAGAUUCUGUUUGUUUUUCCAAGUCUUCUUCCUUUGCUGUCAGGUAUAUGAUGCUGUAGGCUUGGCUCCAAACCAGCAGAGUGCCUGCUCUCUACCCCUUUAUGCAUGGCCCUCUGGGAUCUGCCCAGGGUUCUCUCAGCCUGUUCUUCACUUUCCCUAAAACUGUACUCCAACAGGGACUGGCACAGGGUGUCAUCUCCCCCCCGGGAUAUUCUGUCUAAGUGGCUUCUGAGAGGGUGAGCAGGAUCGUUAGUUCCAAGACUACCUCUGCUGGACCCAUCUUGUGGGUCUUUUGUCUUUCCCCUUCUGUGGGUUAUGAGCCUGACUUUACCUUUCCCUUGCCUCUGACUUCAUAUUUCCAGGUUCAUACUUCUCUGAGCCCCGGAGGCUGGGGUAGAGUUGACUGCUGCUCACCCUUUGAACAAGUCGUACACAUGGGGGAUGGGUGCUGGGCACAACAAAGAGAAGGAACUGGGGCCCUUUUAAGAAGGGACUUCUCAUCUGCCAGCAUUGUGAAGGGUGGGCUAGGUGAGGUGGAGGGUGGAAGGGGUGCACUGUCUUUUGCUGAGAGCUGUCUUCGGCUAUGGGGUAGAAGCAGAGGAACCACUGCCUGUGGGGAGUGGCCCCUGGCUCAGCCUGCCUGAGCCCUGGCCCAAGGCCUAGACCAUUCAUUCUGCGAUUAGAAGCUGGGUUCUGGAAUAGGAGCCAUAUUAAUGAAAGACUCUUCUAGUGCUGUUCUUCAAGGUUGGAGGCCCUCCUCCCCUGGCCCCCAUACAUCUCAGGGCUUCUUUCUCUGGCAGUACUUUCAUAGUUGGACUCUGCAUUUGAAGCACUGAUGUACUUUAUGUGCAAUAAAGCUGCUUUAGUUUGGUU